CGGAGCCUCAUGCCCCGCCCCGCCGUUGGGCCCUGUCGCGCCGCUGCGGCUCCUCCUCUCUCCUUCCGUCCUCCGCGCCUUCCGUCCGUCGGUCCUUCCUUCCUGCUUCGGCUCCACGCCUCGCGCUAUGGGGCAGAGCCCCCGAUACGCUACCACCACCUGAGGAUCCGGAAACCGCCUCCACGAUGGAAGAGGACCAGGAACUGGAGAGGAAAGCCAUAGAAGAACUGCUUAAGGAGGCAAAACGUGGAAAAACUAGAGCUGAAACCAUGGGACCCAUGGGUUGGAUGAAGUGUCCUCUUGCUGGUACCAAUAAAAGAUUUCUAAUUAACACAAUUAAAAACACAUUGCCCUCUCAUAAAGAGCAAGACCAUGAACAAAAAGAGGGCGAUAAGGAACCAGCAAAGAGCCAGGCCCAGAAAGAAGAAAACCCGAAGAAACACAGAAGCCAUCCUUACAAGCACAGCUUCCGUGCCCGAGGCUCCGUCAGUUACUCCCCACCACGGAAGCGGAGCAGCCAGGACAAGUACGAAAGGCGGCCCAGCCGGCGGUGAGGCCAGAGCCAGGGCCAGCCAGCCCUGCGGGCUCCGUGCUCCGGGAGGGGUGUGCAGAGAAGGCGUUAGCUGGCAGGGCAAACAUCUGAGAAUGACUUUUACAGUAGAUCCUUUGUUGUUCUUAAAGAGGCUGCUGGCCACCGGCAAAAAAUGACCUAGCAACUCUUCCAGGAAACAAGGACAAAGGAGGAUGUCUUGGCAAGUUAAGCUACUUCUGUAGUGUAGUAGACGUGUUACUGUUUUAGUCUAUCUUGUUUGGAAGUGCGUUUCAAAAUAUGUGUAGAAUUUAAAGUUUUCAGAGAUUGUUAAAACUAGUUCCAAUUUUUUGGUCAUUUCUCAAAAAAAAAAAAAAAACACACUUAUAAAUCGUAUAUGUUACUUUUUGGGGGUAUCAAAUUUAAAAUUUAGAAGUCAUCAGUCCAGUGACCAUAUUUAUGAAAAGCUGUAGCCCUCCAAGGUCUGGGAAUUUAUCAAGAAACUCUUUGAUAGCUCUGCAUUUGUUUCCCUUUAGGUAAACAAUGUAGGACAUCCUCAAAGUGGCUUUGAAUUUCAUGCUCCACUUCAGUUAUCAGAGGUUAAAAAAUGGGUUCUGUUGUUUUCUGUGCAUUCUCAAACUCAUUUAUUAGAACAAUUUUUCUAUAUUUAAUUUUUUUAAUAUAUAGGUUUUAAGUGGUGCUUUAAAAAGAUCCCUCACAAGUUAAAAAAAAUUAACAGUUCAGUGCUAGAUCUUACCAGCUAAAGACUUACGAUACCACUGUUGGUAUAGUUGUUCCAGAAAUCUUCAUUUUAAAUAGAAGUGUUUACAGCGUCUUCUCCCCCACCCCCCAGUAUUGGUUUUCAGUACCUGUUUUAACAUAUAAUUACAAACCUUUCAAACCUGUAUUCCUUCUUUACACUCAGGAAAUUGUCACCAAGCGCCCUCCUCCCCAGUCCACAAAAGGAAGAAGAUGAAGAUUCUGUCUCCCUGUUCCCCUCCCCAGUUUUCCAAAGCAUCUGAGCAUAUGCCUGGCUGUCCCCAGAUCAUCACCAUGCCACAUCCCUGCUCCCCACUUCCUGUCAGCCCAGGAAAGGCCUUUCUACAUGCCAGAAAGAAGUACAUCCGAAAAGUUAGCUUUGGGGUAUUAGAAACUAGAAUAGACUUCUCCACCACGGAGCUGCCGUGCCACACCCUCAGCCUGCUAGGGAGUGACAAACCCAAAGCAUUUUAAUCCACCCCUUCUCCCACCCCAGAUCCCAGGGACUCAUUCUGCGACUUUGUAACCACAGUCAUUCCUUUCAAACACAGAGGAGGAAUCAUUGCUUCAUCUGACUUUAUUCAAAUAUAGUAAUGCAUUAGCCAAAAUUAUUUGUGCAAAAUUUGAAAUGUUUUGUAUUUAAAAUAUUAGAAAUAGCACAAAGUCAUGGAGUUUUUAAAAAUUGUUAUAAUUAAGUAAAAAUAAAGCUGAAUUGUGUCAUUUGUC